UUAGGUUGGUAAUACGUGCGUCACAGGAAAUGUCUUUCUAGUUUCUAGUUACACGCGUGAUGCUUUUUCCUUUAAAAUCGUGCUGUUAAAAGAACACGAUGGGACGUUACUCUCACGAACCAGUAAAUGCAAGCAAAUCGUGCAAAGCACGUGGAUCGAAUCUGCGAGUGCAUUUCAAAAAUACGCAUGAAACAGCACGUGCUAUUAAGAACAUGCCCCUACGAAGGGCGCAGAAAUACUUGAAAAAUGUAAUUGAACACAAGGAGUGUGUACCAUUCCGUAGAUUUAAUGGUGGUGUGGGCAGGUGUGCUCAAGCAAAACAAUUUGGUACCACACAAGGUCGUUGGCCCAAAAAGUCAGCAGAAUUUUUACUCCAGCUGUUAAAAAAUGCUGAGAGUAAUGCUGAUGCCAGUGGACUAGAUCUUGACCGUCUUGUAAUUAACCACAUUCAAGUGAAUCAUGCCCCUUGUUUACGUAGAAGAACAUAUAGAGCUCAUGGUCGUAUUAACCCUUACAUGAGUUCACCGUGUCACAUCGAGGUAAUUUUGACUGAGAAAGAAGAUUUUGUAGUAAAGAGCCCGGAAGAAGAGCCAUCGAAAAAGAAGCUCAGUAAGAAAAAACUCGCCAGACAAAAGGAGAAAAUGAUGAGAGAAUAAUUUUAAAUAUUAGCUCGAUAUUGAAUGUAUAAUGGAAAAAAUGAAAAUUACAUUGGUCUC